UCCGAAUGUCUGCAAAGUCCAAGAGGCCCCGGACCUUCAAGCUGCGGGCGCUACACAGCCAGGACAAAUACGGGGUGGCGGGAAAGAGCUGCCAGGAAGUGUUGCUGAAAGGAUGUCAGAAAUUUCAGCUUCCUAUUUCUGGCAGCCGCCUGUGUUUGUAUGAAGAUGGCACUGAGCUCACAGAAGGCUACUUCCAGAGCAUCCCAGACAACACAGAGCUCAUGCUUCUGACUCCUGGGCAGUCCUGGCAGGGCUACAUCAGCGACAUCCACCGCUUUCUCACCAUCUUCUAUCAGCCGCAAGCAGACGUCAUCCAGGCAGCUCAGAAGCUGCUCACUGAUGAGCGAGCUCCUUUGAGGCAGAAGGUUCUGGCGGACUUCCUUCACAACAUUAACGAGAACAUCCAGGCAGAAACCCGAGAGGAGGAUGCGCCAUGGUUUGAAGGUCUGGAGUCUCGAUUUAGGAGCAAGUCGAGCUAUUUGAGGUACAGCUGUGAGAGCCGCAUCCGGAGUUACCUGAAGGAGGUCAAUGCGCAUGCCACCACCCUUAAGCCUCAGCCUCAAGCAGAGUAUCUGAAAAUCAUUGGCCACAUGUAUGAGAAACUGAAGUCAACACGCUACAAUGGCAGCUACUUUGACCGGAGAGACAAAGGGAGAGAGCGUCUUUGUACAGCAGAAGGCUGGUUCUCUUGUCAGGGUCCUUUUGAUUUGGAUUCUUGUUUGUCUAUACAUUCCAUCAAUCCCUAUAGUAACCGGGAAAGUCGAAUUCUAUUCAGCACAUGGAAUCUGGAUCACAGAAUAGAAAAGAAACGUACCAUCGUGCCUGCUCUGGCCGAAGCUGUUGCCAAGCAAGAUGGAAGAGAAGUAGACUGGGAAUACUUCUAUAACCUCCUUUUUACCUCGAAUAACCUGAAAUUGGUGCAUAUUGCCUGCCAUAAGAAGUGUAGUCAUAACCUCAGCUGUGAUGAAACCAGGAUUUACAAACCCAAGAAACGUGUCAGGAAACGUGCUGUCUGCAGACGGCAGUGACCUCUCCUCCCCUGUUGCUUUCCUGCGAUUUGGAGCCAGAAGGGGGCUUAGAGAUCAUCUGCUCAUUCUCCUCAUUUUACAGAUAAAGAAAGAGUCUCAGGUAGGAGAAGGAACUCUCUGCCUACUAAUCAAUCCAUCAGCAAACCUUUUAUUAAGUGCUUAGCAUUGAGGAUAGGUACAAAGACAAAAACAAAAUGUUUCCUGACCUCAAUGAGUUUAUGUUUAUUGGAGGAGUGGAAGAAACAACACGUGUACACGAAAUGAUACAAAGAACAUACAAAGUAAAUGGAAGACAAUUUCGAUUUUGGGAGGAUUAAUAACAAGUGGCAUCAUGGGGGCAGCUGGGUAGCUCAGUGAAUUGAGAGCCAGGCCUAGAGGUGGGAGGUCCUGGGUUCAAAUCUGGCCUCAGACACUUCCCAGCUGUGUGACCCUGGGCAAGUCACUUGACCCCCAUUGCCUAGCCCUGACCAAUCUUCUGCCUUGGAGCCAAUACCCAGCAUUGACUCCAAGACGGAAGGUAAGGGUUUAAAAAAAAAAACAAAAAACAAGUGGCAUCAAGAAAGUCUUCCUGUAAGAGGUGGCUCUUGAGUUGAGCUUAGAGAAAGCUAAGAAUUCUGAAAAAUGGCGGCAAGGAAAGAGUGCAAUCCAGGCAUAGGGGACAGCUAGUGGGAAGUCAGGGAGUAUCUCAUGGACAUAUCUAUUGUUUAGUUGUGUCUGAUGCUUCAUGACCCUGUGGACCAUACUGUCGAUGGGGUUUUCUUGGCCAAAAUACUAGACUUAUUUGCCAUUUCCUUUUCUGGUAGAUUAAGGCAAACAGAGGUCAAGUGGAUUGUCCA